AUGCAAUUCCGACGAUUGUCGUGCACCUCUGUGCUUCUGGCCUGCGCUAUCGCCGUUUUCGCAGCCCCAGCUCCCUCCCCCAUGCACAUGAUGGAGCGAGACGUUUAUCAAGACGUCGAAGUCCGCAAUUGGGGCUCAGAAGACAUGAUUCCGCGCUACAACGUUGAGGACCGCUACCGUGCCGCCGUGUUAGAAGCCAGAAAGCCACCGAAACCAGUAGCGAGACCAGCGACAGCGCCAAGGCCCAACACCCCACCGGCCCCGCGCCCUAAUGCACCUGCUUCAAGACCCAAUACUCCUCCCGCACGGCCUAACACUCCUGAUAACGCACCUGCCUCAAGACCCAACACUCCUCCCCCCACACGGCCUAAUGCACCUGUUUCAAGGCCCAACACACCUCCUGCAUCGAGGCCCAACACACCGCCGGUUCAGAGACCCAAUAAACCCGCUCCACGGCCUAACGCGCCCGCACCGAGGCCGAACACCCCUCCUGCUCAGAGACCCAACACGCCGCCUCCACAACGACCAAAUACACAACCUGGCCAGAAGCCUGCAGCCGAUCAGUGUGGCGCCAAGUCGAAUGGGAAAUCCAAACGAGCGUUCUCAACGACAUGUCAAACAAACUCGUUGACACUUGGGAAUUCGGCGAUUACUUACAAGGUUGACGGUGGCUGGCCUGAUCCUACCAAUCAACAGAUGGUGACCGCCUAUGCGAAGACGGGUAAAACACCUGGUUUGACGUUCGAAGACGAGGCCAAGUGGCUAGGGAAGGUGGACCAGCUGUUAGCUGAAGGCACAUACGAGGGGCAUAACUUCAUCGUAUUCCGUGGUGUGACAGACAAGAGCCGCCUUGACGCCACGAACUUCGCAGAACAGCUGUACCCAGUCUCGGGUCAGGAUAAAGUGGCAGAAUGCGAGGCACUGGUCAAGGAGAAGCUCGAACUGGUCAUCCGAGAGGUCAGGGCCUACGUGGACCAGUUCGGUAUCCUUCAUACGGACGUUCAGCCAGGUAACGUUCUGUGGGAUAUGGCUGCCACCGAUCCCACUCUCAUCGACUGGGGAAGGGCCAAGGAUGUUGGGAAGGGCCGUUGGUCUGAUGAACUCGAGGCGGAUGUCAGGGAACAAGCCGAGUUCUCGCACCUGAAGGGAGGAGAGAGGCUUUGCGGCUGGUAG